AUGGCUAAUAUUGAUUACUUAAACGUUUAUAUAAAACACUCAGAUUUAUUUAAUAAUAAGUUAAUACAAUUUAUAUUAAAUGAAAGCAGGCUGCCUAUUCAAAUUUUAAACACUGCAAACUUCGAAAAUGUAAUACUUCAUUAUCAUCAAAGACAUCGUUUAUUUGUCGUUACCACCAAUGAUUUGAGCUAUAUAUUAAAUAAAUUUACGGUUAAAUCGGGAACAUUUAUAUGUGUUCUGUUAGAUGAACCUGAUAGCGAAUCUCUCUCAUAUUUGGCACAGCAAAUUUGGAUAGAUAAGGCUAUUUUUAAAAUAUAUUACUUUACACCGUCUAAUACCGUUUUCUUUAAUCCUUUUGCAAAAAGGAAUAAUAGUUUUGGUUCAUUAGUCGAUGCAAAUACUAACAACAUAAAUGAUAUAUUUAAGAAUUUAAAUGGAUAUGCUUUGCGAGUUUAUAUAUUUGAUUCAGUUUAUUCAAAUAUUAUUGGAGACAAUACGCUUAAAGCAAUUACUGACGUAAAAGGAGUGGAUGGAAAUAUAGCAAAACUCAUGAGCCAUAAAAUGAACUUUUCCAUGUUGUUACAAUGGCCUGACGAUGAGUUUUUCGGAUAUCGUUUAGAAAAUAAAUCUUUUAAUGGUGCCAUAGGACGUGUAUUACGAAACGAAGCCGAUAUAAUUUUUACUGGAUUUUUCAUUAAAGAUUAUCUAACAAAUGAAAUACAAUUUUCAGUUUCUGUAUAUGCGGAUAAGUUGUGUUGUUAUGUAAGAAGUGCAAAUCGAGUACCACAAUCCAUUCUUCCUAUAUAUGCUGUGGACAUGGACGUAUGGUUUGCUUUUCUUCUAGCCGGUUCAGUAUGUCCAUUUUUCUGGAUGGCAUUGCGAUGGUUAAAUUUAUACCUUCAAAUAAAAGUUAUAAGCCCAAUUAAAUAUUCACUUCGUUCCAAAAUUCAGUAUACUCAUAUAUAUAUCAAUACUUGGGUUGUAUGGGUCAGAUUAGCAAUUGUAUCGUUUCCACCGUUUCAUUCUGAACGAAUGUUCGUUAUAUCAUUAUGUUUAGUAAGUGUUAUAUUUGGAGCAAUUCUUGAAUCUUGUUUAGCAACAGCUUAUAUAAGACCAUUUUAUUAUAAAAAUAUAAAUACAAUGGAUGAGUUAAAUGAAGCAAAAUUAAAAAUUUAUAUCAAGCACGCCGCAAUGAGAGACGAUUUAUUUUAUGGACAUAGUUCGCCCAUUUAUCAAAAUUUAAAUAAAAAACUUUUUCUUGUUGGAGAAACGGAAGAAAGAUUAAUUACGAUGAUGGCAAAACGUGGAGGAUUUGCUGCGGUAACAAGAUUAUCAUCUCUAUAUCUAGAUGAUAUUCGUUACUUUAUAACAAAAAAACUUCAUUUGAUUCCUGAAUGCCCUAAGCAUUAUCACAUUGCUUUUGUAUAUCCGAAACACUUUCCUUUACAGGAUCCAUUAGAUUUAUGGCUACUUAAGCUACUGCAAGCUGGUUUGAUUGACUUUUGGGUAAAUGAAAUGAAACAUAAGGCUAAAAUGUCACUCAACAAUUUUCCUCAUUACUUUGAUAAUUUUUCGGAAAAAUGGAAAAUUUUGACAUUACUUGAUUUACAAUUACCAUUUUAUGUAAUAAUACUAGGCAAUUUAGCAGCAAUAAUUAUA